AUGGAGCAGCUUCUCAGGAGCAGAGAGUCUUUUGAGACGAGGGUUUCCGAGUUGCUGAAGAUUCUGGCCGACGUGGAGCCUCCGUCGCAGCAGCAGCAGCAGAACCAUGGGAGUCCGGGGUCCUGUUCCCAGACCCAUUCCUCCUCCCGGGCCCCUGUGGACUCGGGACCUCAGGAACCAGACCAGUCUUCACCAAACGCAGCAGUCACUCAUCAGAAUCUGAGUCUUAGGUCUCCUUCUGAGUCUGAGACCGGAGCAGAGAUGGGACCUCUGUGUUAUGGACCUGGAAGGACCGGGAAAGUCUGGGAAAAAGGACCCACCACAGUCUGGUUCUUCGAGGACUUGGUGGACCUGCAGCGGAAGCUCUAUCUGGGAGCUCCGAGGAAGUGCCACGUUCUGUGUCGACCGACGAGAACGAGAGAGAAGACGGAGACUCGGAAAUCUCACAUCCAAUAA